AUGUCCAAGCUGCUGCCAAUCAAAGUUUGGGGUCAGGGCGGCCCCAACCCCCCGCGAGUGGCCAUUAUUCUCGAAGAAUUAGGGCUGCCGUACGAGUUCAUGCCUAUCCAGCUCUCGCAGGUCAAGGAGCCGGAAUAUCUGGCGAUCAACCCAAACGGUCGUCUGCCCGCCAUCUACGAUCCGAACACGGACCUCACCUUGUGGGAAUCGGGCGCCAUCGUCGAGUACCUCGUUGAACGGUACGACACAGCACACGACAUUAGCUUCCCGCGGGACACCAACGACGCCCAGCAUGCGCGUCAGUGGCUGUUUUUCCAGGCCAGCGGCCAGGGCCCCUAUUACGGACAGGCGUGCUGGUUCAAGAAGUACCACCCGGAGCCCGUCCCCAGCGCGCUGGAGCGAUACAUCAAGGAGAUGAACCGCGUCUCGGGCGUGGUGGAUGGCUACUUGGCCAAGCAACCGGUGCCGCCGGGCGGCGAUGGGCCGUGGCUGGUAGGUAACAAGUGCUCGUUUGCGGAUCUGGCCUGGGUGUCCUGGCAGAUGACGUUGAAGAAGAUCAUUCAGACGGAGGAUGGAUACGACGUGGAAAAUUUCCCUCAUCUUAAGAAUUGGUUGGAUCGCAUGGUGGCCCGCGAGCCGGUCAAGAAGGUUCUGUCGGCUGUGAUGCCCCCGCCAAGCUGA